CUGCUCUGCAGUCUGGUCUGGUCUGCAGUCCGGUCCUAUCUGCUGGUGUGGCCUGUCCUCUAUGUCCGCAGUCUCUGGUCAUUCCCUGUAUUAUGUCCGCAGUCUCUGGUCAUCCCCUGUACUGUGUCCGCAGUCUCUGGUCAUCCCCUGUACUAUGUCCGCAGUCUCUGGUCAUCUCCUGUACUGUCCGCAGUCUCUGGUCAUCCCCUGUACUGUGUCCAAAGUCUCUGGUCAUCUCCUGUACUGUGUCCACAGUCUCUGGUCAUCUCCUGUACUGUCCGCAGUCUCUGGUCAUCCCCUGUACUGUGUCCGCAGUCUCUGGUCAUCUCCUGUACUGUGUCCGCAGUCUCUGGUCCUCUCCUGUACUGUGUCCACAGUCUCUGGUCAUCUCCUGUACUGUGUCCGCAGUCUCUGGUUAUCUCCUGUACUAUGUUCGCAGUCUCUGGUCAUCUCCUGUACUGUGCCCACAGUCUCUGGUCAUCUCCUGUACUGUCCGCAGUCUCUGGUCAUCUCCUGUACUGUCUCUGGUCAUCCCCUGUACUGUGUCCGCAGUCUCUGGUCAUCUCCUGUACUGUGUCCGCAGUCUCUGGUCCUCUCCUGUACUGUGUCCACAGUCUCUGGUCAUCAUCCU